AUGCGAUCUUUGACUACCAAGACCAGUUCAGCCUUGCUGACAGUAUGGGGAUUAUUGUCUGUAUCGCUGAUGCCCUCCGUGGGCCAAGCAGAUAAAACCGCCGGGGAUUAUUUCGUUCAUUCUCUACCGGGUGCUCCGGCUGGACCAUUGCUCAAGAUGCAUGCUGGGCAUAUUGAGGUCACCCCCGAGCAUCACGGAAAUAUAUUCUUUUGGCAUUUUCAAAAUAGACACAUUGCCAACAAACAGCGCACGGUAAUUUGGUUGAAUGGUGGUCCGGGUUGCAGUUCUGAGGAUGGAGCUUUAAUGGAGAUUGGACCUUACAGAGUUAAGGACGGAUCCAAUGGGCCAAAACUCGAAUACAACCCAGGAUCGUGGGAUGAAUUCGCGAAUGUUAUGUUCGUGGAUAAUCCGGUAGGAACAGGAUUCAGUUUCGUGGAUUCGGACAGCUACAUUCAUGAUUUGCCGGAGAUGGCAGACCAAUUCGUCCAAUUUUUGGAAAAAUGGUUUGCGCUAUUUCCUGAGUAUGAGCAUGAUGAUCUAUACCUUGCGGGAGAAUCUUAUGCAGGACAGCACAUUCCCUACAUCACAAAAGCGAUUCUCGAACGAAACAAGAAACCUGACGCAAAACACAAGUGGCCAGUCAAGGGAAUGCUAAUUGGUAAUGGGUGGAUAUCACCAGUCGAACAAUACAUGUCCUAUCUUCCAUUCGCGUACGAGAAGGGGCUGGUCAAGAAGGAUAGUGAAAAGGCAAAGAAACUGGAAUCCCAACAAGCUAUUUGUACCAAAAUGCUGAACGAGAACGGUGGAAGAGACAAGGUUGAUAACAGCCAGUGUGAACAGAUCUUGCAAGAGAUUCUUUCGACUACGCAAAGCAAAGGCUCCGAUGGUAAUAUGCAAUGCUACAAUAUGUAUGAUGUGAGGUUGAAGGACUCCUACCCAAGCUGUGGUAUGAACUGGCCUCCUGAUUUAGUCAAUGUCACCCCUUACCUGCGCCGAUCGGAUGUGGUUGCAGCUCUUCAUAUUUCGCCCGAAAAGAGGACCGGGUGGACCGAGUGCAACGGUGCUGUUGGCAGCGCUUUUAGAGCCGCGAACUCUAAGCCUUCUAUCCAGAUCUUACCGGAACUACUUGCAGAAGUCCCUACCAUAUUAUUUUCCGGUGCCGAGGAUUUGAUUUGCAACCACAUUGGCACUGAAGAGCUGAUCAGCAAUAUGGAAUGGAAUGGAGGCAAAGGUUUUGAACUUGGAUCAGGAACUUGGGCACCACGACGAGAUUGGGAAUUUGAAGGCGAGCCAGCGGGUUUCUGGCAAGAGGCGCGCAACUUGACAUAUGUCCUUUUCUACAAUUCCUCCCACAUGGUCCCAUUCGAUUAUGCUCGACGUACUCGAGAUAUGCUCGACAGAUUCAUGAAAGUGGAUAUUGCCAGUAUUGGAGGCGCUCCAACAGAUAGUCGUAUUGAUGGCGAGAAAGGUUUGGAAACAUCCGUUGGUGGCCAUCCCAAUAGUACCGCUGCCGCCGAGGCGGAGGAAGAGCGUCUGGAAGCAGCGAAGUGGAAUGCCUACUAUAAAUCUGGUGAGAUUGUCCUAGUUAUUGUGGUUAUCGCCGCAUCAGCAUGGGGCUAUUACAUUUGGCGCGAACGACGCCAGCGUGCCGGUUACGCUGGAAUUUUCGGAGGCGAUACUCCAAUGGCUCUAGCAGGCGCGAGAAGUGGUUCAAGAGGAGCUGCAGGUCUAGAGGAUUUCCGCAAUAAGCGAAAUGCUCGAGAUGUGGAGGCUGCGGAUUUUGAUGAAAGUGAAUUGGAUGAGCUACAUGUGAGGUCGCCUACAGAUGACAUGGAUAGAGAUAGAUAUAGCGUUGGAAGCGCAAGCGAUGACGAGAGCAUCGGAAAGAGGAAUGGAAACGGGAAGGGGAAGGAAAAGAGUUACUCCUAG